AUGGCUAAGGGCAGCAAGGCUUCGCGAAAGAAGCUCAGAGCGAGUCUCGGUGACAGCUGGGAUGAUACUAACUAUUCGACCGACGGCGCCUCUACUGCUAAUCACAGUGAGAUUGAACUUGAGCCCUCAGACAAUGAAGUCGCGCAAGAGGAGCAUGUCAGUCUACCGUCUUCCGCUCAAGAACAAAGCCCGUUGUCUGAGCCCCUUCCACAGGAGACCAUAGCCAGGAGCCUGAGAUCGUCUGACAUUGAGCGGACUCCACGACCGUCAAAGCCAGCCGAACCCCAGACGCAAUCCGAACGAACGGGGCCCAGCUUUAUUAUGCCUCAAUUGGAAAGCUCAGUACAUUCAUUGAACGGCUCUCCAUCGCGUAGGUCGCAACCAAAACCCACGCCUGCUGAACAACAACAAAGUCCGACUAUCGUGCACUAUCUCAGUCUACUCUACGAUAACUUUGUGUUUCCUGUAGUCCGCUACCUCAUUGGCGUAGUCGGUCACGCAAUGGGCAAUCUGCAACCUUUCUUUGGUCUUGCACUCGCCGUAAUGGUGCUCGUAUUCAGCGUCCAGUGGGCUGUUGGCUCUUUCCGCUCUGGGCUGACAGUCGCUCUGUCACCAGUCUGUCUCAUCCCUGGUUCAUCCUACGUUGUACCAUUCUGUGCGACAAGGUCCUACGACGACCCGCGAGUAGACUUCGAAGGUCUGCUGGAUGCACAAUCAGGUCUGGAGGAGAUUUUGGAUGCAGCGAAAGAUAGUUCAACGCUCCCGUCCACCAUCAAGGACUCUGAAAUCGCCAUACGCGACCUGCGCACCCUAGUCCGCCACUCUCGACUGCCCUCGCGGCAUCAGCUCGACCUAGAAUUUGAGAAUUUCGUGCUUGCAGCCAACGAAGCCUCCAUGGACCUCUCCCGCUUCAACUCCCGCAUCGGCGCAACCACGGAUCGCAUUAUUGCAACAAACACCUGGACAAUGGCAGUCCUCUCCGGCAUCUCUGAGCAAGAAGCAUCCUACGGCGCACUCGACCGCGUCUACGGCGCCCUAACGCGACCCUUCAUCGCCCCACCACCAACACUCCAACAACGCCUCUUUAACCAGUACCUCCUUCACGUGACCAAGAACAAGGAAGAAAUCACUAAACUCAUCGACACCGCCGUCGCCCUACUCUCCGUACUCCAAAACCUCGACGAGCGACUUGACACCAUUUACCAAAUCGCCACCAACGACGACGUAACCAUCACCAAGAACCAAGAAGAACUCCUCGCCCAACUCUGGACCAAACUCGGCGGCAACAGCUCCAAAGUAAGAACUCACAACAAGCAACUCCACCUCCUGCGCAACAUCUCCGCGUACCGCAAGAAGGCACUCACCCACGUUUCCGAAACACUCAUCAAGUUACGUGAGAUCCAGGCGGAGUUGGAGAACCUACGGGAGAAUGUUGCGGCGCCGGAGGUCCUGGGGUGGAGAGACGAGCUGCCGAUGGCGUAUCAUUUGGAUCUGAUUGAGAAGGGGGUGGAGCGGUUGAGGAGGGCCAGGGGAGAAAGUAUGAGAGUCGAGGGCGAGACAUAUAGGAGGUUGGUUAGGGGUGGGGAGGAGGGGGGUGCGAGGGAGUUGCCUGCGUCGACUGUGACUGUGAGGGCGAAGUAG